CUACUCACCUGCUGGCAAACUUUUUUCCUUUCGAGAAACUAGAAAGUAUGGAAUCAAUCGGAGUCCUUAUGAUGUGCCCUAUGUCCUCCUACCUCGAGAACGAGCUUCAGAAGCGCUUCAACCCUGUUCGCUUUUGGAAUUUCCCGGUCUUUCUGGAGACUCAUCGGAACUCAAUCCGCGCCGUCGUUGGAAACGCUUCUACAGGCGCUGACGCUGAGCUCAUCGAUGGUCUCCCCAAGCUUGAGAUUAUCUCCAGCUUCAGCGUCGGUAUCGAUAAGAUCGAUUUGGGGAAAUGCAAGGAAAAAGGGAUCCGAGUCACCAACACUCCGGACGUUCUCACCGAAGACGUGGCAGAUCUCGCGAUUGGCCUUAUACUGGCUCUCCUCCGACGCUUAUGUGAGUGCGAUCGCUAUGUGAGGAGCCGUAAAUGGGAGUAUGGCGAUUUUCAGCUCGCUACUAAGUUUAGCGGAAAAUCAGUGGGCAUCCUCGGUCUAGGUAGAAUUGGGACUGCCAUCGCCAAGAGAGCUGAAGCCUUUAGCUGCCCAGUCAGUUACUACUCUAGAAGAGUGAAGCCUGAUUUAGGCUACAAGUAUUAUCCAACGGUGGUUGAGCUUGCUCAAAACUCAGACAUCCUCGUCGUGGCAUGCCCAUUGACUGACGAAACCAGACACAUUGUGAAUCGGCAUGUCAUGGAUGCAUUAGGAGCAAAGGGUGUGCUGAUUAACAUAGGGCGUGGGCCACAUGUUGAUGAGCAAGAGCUAGUAAAUGCUCUUACCGAAGGCCGCCUAGGUGGGGCUGCGCUGGACGUGUUUGAGCAGGAGCCACACGUGCCCGAGGAGCUCUUUCCACUUGAAAAUGUGGUUUUGCUUCCCCACGUUGGGAGUAGCACUGUAGAGACAGAGAAUGCCAUGGCUGAUCUUGUGGUGGCUAACUUGGAAGCGCACUUUGCUGGGAAAUCACUUCUCACUCCGGUGGUCUGAGUUUAAAGGGCUUCUUCUAUUAAACCAAUGAUGGAAAGUGUCAAUUUCUCUUCCAAACAAGUUGCAUUGUCGUAUAUAAGGUUACCUAAGAAACUACUCAUGGCCGAGAGUAAAAUGUAGCAAUAUCUGGGUAGAUUACUGUCAGUCUGUCACUGAAGAUCGGUUUUCCAACUUCUCUAUGGCACAGAGAAGUUGGAGCAACAACUAUUUAUCACAGACGGAGUUUCUACUUGGUCCAUAAAGCGUCUUCUUUUGGCUUUUUACUCAAAUCUCUUGUGACAACAUCAGCGGACGUCAAUUGAGUGAAUAAACACCUCAAGGCAACCUCAUAAGCAGCAAAAAUGGCACCGUUAACAACAAAGGCCCUGGCAACUGCAGUCCCGAGGCCACGCCAGAGAACUCCAUAGCCUUCCUGUGCGAUGCUUUUACGAAAACAAUCGGCUAUGCCCUCGUAAGCCCCAUGACCUCCUUGUUGAAGCCUGGUCUUGACGACAUCAAGAGGAUAGCAAAUGACCCAACUGGACACACCGGCCAAGCCACCUGCGACCAGCAUGGUCCUAAGAGUUUCUUCUCCACUCUUCCUGCAGCCGGGAUGAAGCAUUUCUCGUACGUACUCGUAAGUCCAGAAGUAAAACCCGUGAGCUGGAGCAUCUCUGAGAACAGUUACGGUGAGGCCUUUGUAUAUCCCUUUGAGCCCUUCUCUCCUAAGGAUGGUCUUAGCCAAACUGAUGGGGCCGCUGUUGCUCUGCUGCAGCUGAAGACGAAUCUUGAUGAGCUCAACGGGGCUAAGCAAGAGGCUCUGCACAGCGCCAGUGCCAACCCCACCAAGAGCAACGCCUCUGUAGGAAGGAGGCUCUUCCAUGGGAACAGAGGAAUCAAAGGAGCGAGAGAGUAUGGCAUAUAUCUGGAAUACCAUAGCAUUCUGUGACAUGAUCACAAGAAGAAGAAGAAGACGAUGAGUAGAUCACAUGUGAAUAUGCCAGUGGAGUCGAUGCUUUUCUUUUAAUUAAAAAAAAAAAGUUAUGAUGAGAGGAUGGAUGGGAUAUUCAUGAGAUGCUGUGAUAAAAAAAUAAAAUAAAGGUGAAUCUAAGAAAGAAGAACCUGAAAGGUAACGGAUGCCAAGGGGGCAGACAUGCCUCUGUAGAGUGAGGAGGGACCCUCCACGGCGAGCAUCCGGCGGAGAAUGGUGAAGGCAGAUCCGGAUUUGGAGCUCUGUUGCUGACGAAUUCUCAGCGUGUCCAAGGGAUAGCCGGAAAUAAUACCGGCAACGCCUCCGAAUCCACCGGCGACGAACUCCCUUCCCCAGCUGCUCGCCAUAAACUCCGGCCAGAAAUCCAUGUCGAUAUCUUUCUUCUUCGAUUUAGUAUUCUUUUAAGAAAGAGUUUUUUUUUUUUUUUUUUUUUUUGUAGAAGAUUCAAUGCCUUCACCUGAAAGCUCUUGCCCCGAGGGAUUUGAUUGUGUACGUCUACAACUUUCCGAGUAAAAAGCGGAUUGGGAUUUUGUCCUUUUUUGGCGAUGAGAAACGUGAAACAAAAGCUCUCAUAGUUUUCGUCGAAGAAGGAAGAUAAAAGAUUGAGAGAGGGCACCGUCCUUUUCGUAUGAUCUCACCCAACCCACUCCCGCCACCUAGAGAUGUCAAACUGGGUACUGUCCCGCGGGCCUGGCCCAGAAGGGUUUGUUGCGGGGCGGGUAUGGGCCUAGGGAUUCAUGACCCGCAAAAAAGCGGGCCUUGCGGGACUGGGCUUGUUUGAUACCGGGUCUAAAGCGGGACGGCCCGCAUCAACCGCGGGAAGGCCCACAUGUACCGCAUCUAGAUGCUUCGUCGUUUCCGUUGCCCUUUCACCUGAAAAUGAAAAGUUUAAUAUCUACUGAAAUGACCAUUGCAGAUGUGUCGUCUCUUCUUGUUAAGGAGGAGACUGCAUUCCCUUUGAGACAAGACUCUUCACUAGUGAGUUCUCAUUCUUUGUGUACAAGUCAGUAAUUGUACCAACCGAAGAACACAUCCUUGCUUCAUGUUCUGUUUUUUAUUGUCUAAAGCGGAUUCCAGGAGAACCCAAUAUAUCUUAUAUAGCCUCUGUUCCCUGGAGAGACUAGAGUUGAUCAAUUGGUGGAGAUCAUUAAGGCAAUAAAACGAUUGUGGUUUUUGUUUUCUUUCCUGUUAGAUUCUCAGAGUUUGUCUCUGACAUGUAGUUCUUAUAUAUUCUAUGAAUUGUCUCUGAUUUGUCUUCUUUUUUUUUGUUUGUGUUUUGAGUGCCAGCACCAUCGCCAUUUGUAGUCUAAAGUCGAUCUUUGUGUUUUAA